CGGCUACACAAUCGAUUGCUUUCUAAAAUCCAAAAACAAAAUCACAUCAAUGAAUAAAACCAGGGAAAAUAAACAAUACAACACGAACAAAUCAAUCUUUUUUUAAGAAAUUUACAGGCAAACCACAAACCAGCCUUUUACAAUGUCUUGUAUUGUCCGCCUAUUGAGUGAUUGAUUAUCAGUAAAGUUUGUCAUUGCUUUAUCUUCCUUUGCCUGCAAAAGCCACUUGUCAUUGUCAGAUCCAUCAUCCCCUCUCUACUCCCUCUUAACGUAACCGUCUGAUUUCCUUAUCUUCUUUCCACAUUUCCCAAUAUGUCCCGUGAUUCCAAUCUUUGUGUUUAUUGUUUUUAUUUAUUCUACCCUUUCUCUUUCACUCUCAAAGUCUCUGUCUUUCCUUCUCUAUUUGGCUGAAAUAUGUACGGUCUUCCCUUUCUUGGGUUUCUUUCUUGAAUUUGGUUUAUCGGGUUUUAUUAGCUUUUGGGUUUGUUUUUUAAGUGGAUUUUGCUAUUUAUUUGGUGGUGAUAUUGAGACCCUUUUGUUUGUUUUGUAGUUUGAUUCUUGAGGUGGAUGUAGUUGAGUUGUUCGUUUUUUUUUCCUUUCAUUUGAUGGUUCUUAGGGCUUGGUUAUUGAGAACCCAUUUGGCUAGCUUGGCUGGUGGCAGUCUGGAAUUUGAAGAUUCUGUUUUUCCUUGUUGAGACAGGACUGGACACGAUAAAAAAGGUUGGACUUUGUUACGUAAAAAUAUCUCCUUAUUUUGUGAUAACCAGUUUGUUUGCGUUAAGGAUUGCAUCCCUUUACUCUAUUUGCUCUACUGUCUCUAUAUUGCUAUCUAGACUGAGGAGAGACAAAUUCAAUUCUUUUAUUGUCCUUUUCAGUCUCAUUAGGAUCAUCUCUUGCCAUAUAGUUCCUUCACAAUUGUGAAAUUUGAUACCUGGUGACCUAUCUAUUGUAGUUGCUUCAUCUCUGUUUCUUACGAGCUAAUUUUGUUUUGAGCUUUGACAAGAGAAGGCCCCCAAUUACAUAACUUUUUUUUCUGUUGGUUUUGGUCAAGAUAUGGAUAUAAGCAAUGAGGCCAAUGUUGAUCAUUUCAAAAUUGGACCUUCAUCAAUCAUUGGUAGGACAAUUGCUUUCAGAGUUCUAUUCUGCAAUUCAAUCUCACAUUUUAGGCAUAAAAUCUUUCAUGUGCUGUUGAAUUACAUUUAUAGAUUUGGUGACCUCGUGGCACCUAUGUUUUCAUGGUUUCAUCCAAGGAAUCCACAAGGGAUAUUGGUCAUGAUGACGAUAAUUGCAUUUUUAUUGAAACGAUAUACUAAUGUUAAGUUGAGGGCAGAAACAGCCUAUAGGAGGAAAUUUUGGAGGAAUAUGAUGAGAACUGCGUUGACAUAUGAGGAGUGGUCUCAUGCUGCUAAGAUGCUCGAUAAAGAGACCCUAAAGAUGCAUGAAUGUGAUCUUUACGAUGAAGAACUAGUCAGGAACAAGCUUCAAGAGCUCCGCCACCGUCGCCAAGAGGGAUGUCUUAGAGAUAUAAUCUUCUGUAUGAGAGCUGAUCUUGUAAGAAACCUCGGAAAUAUGUGCAACCCAGAGCUUCACAAGGAUAGGCUUCAAGUGCCCAAGCUCAUAAAGGAAUAUAUUGAUGAGGUCUCAACUCAGUUAAGAAUGGUUUGUGAGUCCGAUUCAGAGGAGCUUUCACUGGAAGAAAAGCUUGCUUUCAUGCAUGAAACAAGACAUGCUUUUGGGAGAACAGCAUUGCUUCUGAGUGGAGGUGCUUCUCUUGGAGCCUUUCAUGUGGGUGUGGUGAAAACACUGGUGGAGCAUAAGCUUGUGCCCCGUAUAGUCGCUGGUUCUAGUGUUGGGUCCAUUAUGUGUGCAGUUGUUGCCACCAGGUCAUGGCCAGAGCUGCAAAGUUUUUUUGAGGAUUCCUGGCACUCAUUGCAGUUUUUUGAUCAAUUGGGUGGAAUUUUCACUGUUGUUAAGAGGGUCAUGAGACAAGGAGUUGUUCAUGAAAUCCGGCAGUUGCAAUGGAUGUUAAGAAAUCUUACAAGUAAUCUUACAUUUCAAGAAGCUUAUGACAUGACAGGUCGAAUUCUUGGGAUCACAGUUUGCUCACCCAGGAAGCACGAGCCCCCUAGAUGCCUUAAUUAUCUGACUUCCCCUCAUGUCGUUAUAUGGAGUGCAGUCACUGCUUCUUGCGCCUUUCCUGGUCUUUUUGAAGCUCAGGAACUAAUGGCAAAGGACAGGAGUGGAGAAAUUGUGCCAUAUCACCCACCUUUUAAUCUGGAUCCUGAGGAGGGAUCAGGUGCGCCAAUGCGUAGGUGGAGGGAUGGUAGCCUGGAGAUUGAUUUGCCAAUGAUACAAUUGAAAGAACUAUUCAAUGUCAAUCAUUUUAUUGUUAGUCAGGCAAAUCCUCACAUUGCUCCGUUGUUGAGACUGAAGGAUAUAGUGAGGGCCUAUGGAGGUAGCUUUGCUGCCAAGCUUGCUCAUCUUGCUGAGAUGGAGGUAAAACAUAGGUGCAAUCAGGUAUUGGAACUUGGUUUUCCAUUAGGUGGACUUGCCAAGCUUUUUGCGCAAGAUUGGGAGGGUGAUGUCACUGUUGUUAAUACCGCCACUCUCGCUCAGUACUCAAAAAUUAUACAAAACCCAACUCAUGUGGAACUUCAAAAGGCAUCCAACCAAGGCAGAAGGUGCACGUGGGAGAAGCUUUCUGCCAUAAAAGCUAAUUGUGGCAUUGAGCUUGCUCUUGAUGAGUGCGUGGCCAUUCUGAACCACAUGCUUAGACUCAAAAGGAGUGCUGAGAGGGCUGCUGCUGCUUCUCAUGGCCAAGCAAGCUCUGUGAGCACAUUGAAAUUUAGCGCAUCAAAAAGAAUUCCUUCUUGGAAUUGCAUUGCUCGAGAAAACUCAACAGGCUCACUUGAAGAAGACCUCCUUGUUGAUGUUGCUUCCACAUUCCAUCAAGGAGUUGGUGUGGCUGCCGGAACUUCGACUGGUAUGAGUUUGAGAACUCAACGUAACCUACAUCAUGAUGGAAGUGAUAGUGAAUCUGAAAGUGUAGAUUUGAAUUCUUGGACAAGAUCUGGCGGGCCUUUGAUGAGGACUACUUCUGCAAAUAAGUUCAUUGACUUUGUCCAAAGUCUGGAUGUGGACUCUGAGCUCACCAAAGGUUUUGUGUGUCAUCCUAACUCUCCUGGUGCUCAGAUGGGAGACAGGGAUUUAUAUAAUCAGAUCUCCAGAUUGUCAACCCUAGAUAGAAACUCAGAAAGUGAAUUUGAUCCGAGAGAUUUUAGUAAUAGAAUUUCUACGGGUGGUUCUAGCAUUAAAGUCACUGAAGGAGAUCUUUUGCAGCAUGAAAGAAUCCUUAAUGGGUUUGUGCUGAAUGUUGUAAAGAAAGAGGACAUGGCACUAUCCAACAGGGUCCACGAUAAUGAAAAUCACAAUAGUGAAGUUCCUGAAUGUGUUCAGCUUGAUUGUCCUGAAAAGGACAUGGAUGAUAGCUCAUCAUCAGACUCUGCUGCAGAUGACGAUGAUAAUCCCUCCCCAACAAAUCCCUGGCACAGAACAGCUUCUACUCUUAGUCACACAGAUGAUCCUGUCAUUCAUGAUGUUCAGGAGAAGCAUGUCGUGGAUGGUUAACUUUGAGUAACUAUUUGAUUACCCUACCAAACCAUUGAGUGGAGUCGAUUCCCAGGUUACUAUUGAUCAAACGUUUGCCCAGUCACAGGUGGAGUAGAAAAUUGAUUUUCAGACAAAAGACUUAGAAGUGAAUUAUAAAGAGCAGUUCAAAGCAAUCCGCAUGCAUCAAGAUGUUGCUGUUGUAUACUAAAUCUUGCACAUGCUGCGCCACAAUUGUAAUCCUCACACUUUUAAGCAAAUGAUAAGGUUUUUGCCUACCUC